UCUGGAGGAGGCGGGCCUGAGUGGGUGGAGCUUGUGACGCUCCUGCCCGGUACUCUGGCGCUAGUUUCGCCAGUCGAUUUGGCUUCAGCUUCUGCUGGGAAACUGCAGCCGGGUUUGCAGGAACCGCACUUAUGUCUUCCGUGCUGUCCUACGAAAGCCUGGUCCACGCCGUGGCGGGAGCCGUGGGAAGCAUGACAGCGAUGACAGUAUUUUUUCCCUUGGAUACAGCUCGACUUCGACUUCAGGUUGAUGAGAAAAGAAAGUCCAAAACGACACACAUGGUGCUCCUGGAGAUCAUUAAAGAAGAAGGCCUCCUGGCACCAUAUCGAGGGUGGUUUCCAGUUAUCUCCAGUCUCUGCUGCUCCAAUUUUGUAUAUUUCUACACUUUUAAUAGCCUCAAAGCAGUCUGGGUCAAAGGUCAACAUUCUACUACUGGAAAAGAUCUGGUAGUUGGAUUUGUUGCAGGGGUGGUGAAUGUGCUGCUCACAACUCCACUCUGGGUGGUAAACACCAGACUGAAGCUGCAAGGGGCAAAAUUUAGGAAUGAAGACAUUGUACCGACCAGCUACAGUGGUAUCAUUGAUGCUUUUCACCAGAUCAUCCGGGAUGAAGGGAUCCUGGCUUUAUGGAACGGCACCUUUCCCUCCCUACUGCUGGUCUUUAAUCCCGCCAUCCAGUUCAUGUUCUAUGAAGGCUUAAAACGGCAGCUUUUAAAGAAACGAACGAAGCUUUCUUCCCUGGAUGUGUUCCUCAUUGGCGCAAUUGCCAAAGCAGUCGCCACCACGGUCACCUAUCCUUUGCAGACAGUACAAUCAAUUCUGAGGUUUGGACGUCACAGACUCAACCCAGAAAACAGAACACUGGGGAGUCUUCGGAACAUUCUCUAUCUCCUUCACCAGCGAGUAAGGCGUUUUGGAAUUGUGGGACUCUACAAAGGCCUUGAAGCCAAGCUGCUGCAGACAGUCCUGACUGCUGCUCUCAUGUUCCUCGUUUACGAGAAACUGACGGCUGCCACCUUCAUGGUCAUGGGGCUGAAGAGCACGCGCAAGCACUGAGGCACCUCUCAGCCCCCGGCGCUCGGAAGUGCUCCAGACGGGGGCGUGAUUCCACUGUACUUGCCCCUUCCUCUGAGAAGUCUACCCUCAUUGGCUUGAGAUGCAUCCAAGGGUACAUACACAUGCAGGGUUGUAGCCAGCUUGACUCAUUACCAACUUAACUUUUUUGAUGGUUGGUUGAGUUUUGGGGAGGAGGUUGGACCAAUGGCCAUAUGAAAAGAACACAUGAUAGAAAACCUAAAAAUGAAACUCGAUGGGGAUUUAUUGAUUUUCCUGAAGGGAAUGGACUAUUGCUCUCAUGUAUAAUCUUCUCCAGUUAAAGUCUUUUUUAAAUUUACCAGCUAUUCUCUUUCCCUGAACCACCCCCCGGCUCCAGGUUCUACAACCAAUUUGCUACCAUGUAAUUCUCUUGGUAUUCUCCUCCUAUAUACUUUUGCACGUCUCCAUCUUGGUAUUUUCCUCACUAAAAGUGUUGUGACUAUGCCACAGGCAUGCCUAUUAUUCUUGAGCUUUUUUUCUCCUGAUUCAGGAAAGAUAUCUUCUUUAGUGUGUGAGCUAUUUAUUUUGUGGGGGAAAUGAAAAUAAUUAAUUCCAAAUGAUUCUCUUAUAAACUCUUUGUAAGCAUCACUUAUUCUUUCGUAUCUGACAUAAUUAAAAAAUAUUUAUUUUGAAUCAA